AUGAAUUCAACUGUUUUUAACGACACAGGCAGCGCUUUGUUUUCCAACAGAAGCAGCGAGAGCUUUCUUUCGUGCUGUAAUUUGUCCUCGGUGGUGACGGACAGCGGGUUUGUGUCCACGGCGCUGGACGAGCGCAGCGUGUUCGUCACGCGCACGGUUCAGAUCGCGGUGAUGUGCGUGCUGGCGCUCACCGUGGUCUUCGGCAUCUUCUUUUUAGGCUGUAACUUGCUCAUUAAGUCCGAGGGUAUGAUCAACUUUCUGGUCACGGACAGAAGACCGUCAAAGGAUGUCGAAGCGGUCAUCGCGGGAUCGUACUAG